GGUCGCGUCAUAGCAAUGGCCAGAGUCUCAGUAACCUCUUUCCUCCACUGCUGCGCAGCCUUCAGAACCACUUACAGCACUUUUACAGCAGACAAAAAAUUUCAAAACGUAGAUAUUUUUAUUGAAGUUCUCUUUGACGUGAAACGAUGCCCAAUUGAUUGUUUGAGCUUCUAUCUCUGCCCAACGGCAUCUCACGGUUCACAGGGACGACUGGGCAAACAACCCUUUUUUAAGAUGAGUUCUGUUAAGAACUUAGUUGCCUCAAUGAUCCACUUCCUCAAUGACCAAAUGCAGAAUGGGGGUCUUUCAUCUGAUGCUGUGGAAAGUUUAGAGGUGGCAAUCCAGUGCCUUGAAAGUGCGUACAGUGUAUCUGGUGCUGAUGAAUCCUUGAGAUCAAACACCUCUCUUCUUGAUAUGUAUCGUGACUACACUGGGGCAACUGAUGAUGGAGAUGAGGAACUACCUCCAGAAGCAAGCCCUGAGAGUAAAGCUGAAGCUGAAAAGUUCAAGGUGGAGGGGAAUGCUUUUAUGCGCGAUGAGAAAUUAGCAGAAGCUGUAGAGUGUUACACAAGAGCAAUCGCACAUGAUGGUCGAAAUGCGAUUUUCUACUGUAAUAGGGCUGCUGCCCAUAGUAGACUCAACAACUACCAGCAAGCCAUUGCAGACGCAAAACAGGCUUUAAAGAUUGACUCAACAUACUGUAAAGCCUAUGCAAGAUUAGGGUUAGCAUAUGCCAGCCUAGGGCAGCAUGAAGAAGCUCGAGAUGCAUAUGCCAAGGCUGUAGAAUUGGACCCAGAAAAUGAGAGCUACAGGAAUAACUUACAACAGGCGCAAGAAAAAAUAUCUGCAUCACCUUUCUUAAUGGGAGGCGUUCCCAAUUUAGGCCCUGUUGGCAGUAUGCUUGCUAACACAGAUCUUAUGGCCAUGGCUUCACAGGUCCUCUCUGAUCCCAAUAUGCAAAAUGUUCUGGGCAAUAUUGUCUCUGGCAAUGCACCAGGGAAUGGUAAUGCGAUGGAUGCUUUACUACGAGCUGGCCAGCAGCUUGCUGAGCACAUGCAGAGCUCAAACCCAGAACUUGUAGAGCAACUCCGGAGACAGCUAGACUCUCAAAACAACGGAGCUCCGGAUGGAGCACCUCCUGCACCUUAAAUUUUCUUGCCUCAAGACUACACAUACCUGCAGCAUAAGCUGCUGUAUCAACUUGUAUACUUUGGGGUCAUGUGCUGUCCUACUGUGUGUACAAAAUCUGACAGUACCUUGGUAUGAAUGAAAUAAUGAUAUUAUUCGUAUUUUUUAUUAAUGGUGUUUAGUUACUCCAAUAUGCUAUAUUUUACUAGUUCUCUGUUGAUGUUAAAUGUUACAAUAUUGACAAUUGUUGUUGGAACAAUUUACUUACAUCCAGUUGUAUUAUUCAACUGUGGGCUUUUUGCCAAAUUAAAAUUUUCUGAAUGUGUGGAUUUUAGUAUAAUUCAUCAAAACUGUUACAUCCUUUGAAUCUGGACAUCAAAAUUUCUAUGAAGUACAUGGUUAAAGCAAUUUCUGCAACCCCAACAGAAAUGAUAUCUGUAGAAAACUUAAUAAAAUUGCAUUUAUCUAGUCUGA